GCCAGGUGCACCCGUGUUCUCCAUGGAGAAGCACGAGCGGCGAAACAGUAUUGCUCUGAUCGAUAUGGCCGACCAACACCAAAGAGGUAAAUUCAACACUGGCGGUACUGCGGAGGUCCCUGCCACAAAACCGACACCUACCAAUGUCUUCUCUAGUUGUAAAUUAGCAGGUGAGCAAGGACAUGAGAUCCAACAAAAUGGUGACGUUGCUCGUGGAAGCGACUCUCAACAAAUUAAAACUUUUAUAGAAACGGCCGGUCCGAGAAUCACGAGCUUGGCGUCUCCAGGCGAGCAAGUCGAGGAUCGCCGUUCGCGUGUCCUUCGCUUUGUGCAGUCAGCGAAGGAAGAGCUAUGGUACGACGAAGUCUUUUCCAUACAAUCCAAC